ACCUCUGGUGCCUGGUGGGGACGCCCCAUCCUGGCCUUCCGGAAUCGGCCACCAUGUCCCACCGGAAGUUCUCUGCCCCUCGGCAUGGACACCUGGGCUUCCUGCCCCAUAAGAGGAGCCGGCGGCACCGGGGCAGGGUGAAGACGUGGCCAAGGGAUGACCCCAGUCAGCCUGUGCACCUCACUGCCUUCCUGGGCUACAAGGCGGGCAUGACCCACACCCUGCGUGAGGUGCACCGGCCAGGCCUCAAAAUUUCCAAACGGGAGGAAGUGGAGGCAGUGACGAUUGUGGAGACACCACCCCUGGUUGUGGUGGGUGUGGUAGGCUACGUGGCCACCCCUCGAGGCCUGCGGAGCUUCAAGACCAUAUUUGCAGAACACCUCAGUGAUGAGUGCCGCCGCCGCUUCUACAAGGACUGGCACAAAAGCAAGAAGAAAGCCUUCACCAAGGCCUGCAAGAGAUGGCGGGAUACUGACGGCAAGAAACAGCUCCAGAAGGACUUUGCCGCCAUGAAGAAGUACUGCAGAGUCAUUCGGGUCAUUGUCCACUCCCAGAUGAAGCUGCUGCCCUUCCGGCAGAAGAAGGCCCAUAUCAUGGAGAUCCAGCUGAACGGCGGCACGGUGGCUGAAAAGGUGGCCUGGGCGCAGGCUCGGCUGGAGAAGCAGGUGACAGUGCACAGUGUUUUCAGCCAGAGUGAGGUCAUCGAUGUCAUUGCUGUCACCAAAGGCCGGGGUGUCAAAGGGGUCACAAGCCGCUGGCAUACCAAGAAACUGCCUCGGAAGACCCACAAGGGGCUACGCAAGGUGGCCUGCAUUGGUGCCUGGCACCCUGCCCGCGUGGGCUGCUCCAUUGCACGGGCUGGGCAGAAGGGCUACCACCACCGCACUGAGCUCAACAAGAAGAUCUACCAUAUUGGCAGAGGGCUGCACAUGGAAGACGGAAAGUUGGUUAAGAACAAUGCAUCCACCAGCUAUGAUGUGACUGACAAGUCCAUCACACCCCUGGGUGGUUUCCCCCACUAUGGGGAAGUCAACAACGACUUUGUCAUGCUGAAGGGUUGCAUUGCUGGUACCAAGAAGCGGGUCAUCACGCUGAGGAAGUCCCUCCUGGUGCAUCACAGCCGCAGGGCCCUGGAGAAUAUUGAGCUCAAGUUCAUUGACACCACCUCUAAGUUUGGCCAUGGCUGCUUUCAGACAGCCCAGGAGAAGAGGGCCUUCAUGGGCCCUCAAAAGAAGCAUCUGGAAAAGGAAAAGCCAGAGACCUCUGGAGACUUAUAAGCUACGUGGGCCUGAGAUGCACACACCCCACCUGCCUCUUCUGUCCAAUAAAGACCGGGGUCAACUCUU